AUGUUACGCUCCUCUGGGGCGGUAUCAGCGGCCAUGCCUAGCCGCGGUGACCGGAAUGCUGCCUUCGGAAACCAGGAAUAUGAAGUUAUUUUGCCUCCGCUUCCAACCGGUCGUAUCGUUUUGAAUACUGUUUUUCUUCAUGCUGAUGUUCGAGGACGGCCAUACCGAGUGGAAGACAUACGUGACGCACUUGAAUACUUGGGUAUGUUGCCUGACAUUGAAGCGUUAGGCGCAUACCAAAUGAAUCACGUGUGGGCGGUGACGCUGAAGAACAACGAGGCGAAGAAGAAACUGCUUUCGGCAUCUCAAGUGUCAGUGGAGGAGCGGCGUUGCCUCGUAGUGGAUCCGAACAAUCAGGAUAUAAGGCUAAAGCUACACUGGGUCCAUCAUCAUGUCGACGACGAAGAUGUACGGACGGCGUUUGCACCGUUCGGCAAAGUCACGGAAGUGUCAAGGGAGCGAUGGCGCACAGAAGGUCUAUCCGAGAAAGGGUCAACGACGCGGCUCAUAAGUCUGCAGCUCAAAGCAGGCUACACGAAAGAAGACAUCCCGCAUCAGCUGCGUGUAGCAGGUGAGCUGACCUUAGUAGUGGUUGCUGGAAGAGCUCCCCUCUGCUUACGAUGUAAACGAACAGGCCAUAUCAGACGUGAAUGUAGAGUGCCGCGGUGCACGUCAUGUAAGCGCUUUGGCCAUGCUGAGGAAGAGUGCGUAAGAACUUAUGCGAAGGUUGCGGGGCCCUCUGCAUGGUAUGAUAAAACAGAACAUCAGAUGGAUGAAUCAGAAGCCGAGGAAGUUGCAGCUAGCAAAACGAGGGAACUUGAGCCUGUUGACACGUUUCCUUCGUUCCUACCAGCCAGUAGCGACAAACCGGAAGAGCCUGUAAGCGUGCCCGCUAGACAACGCACUCCGCACUCUGAGAAGUCAACGGCAACGCCCACCAAACCGAUGGAAAAUACUGUGAACUGUCAGCAAACACCAGUAGAGAAACCCGAGCGUCAACUUGACGACAUGAUGGAUACGAAGACUACCCCGUGGAAGAGAGCACGCGAUGAAACAGAAGCUGAGAACAAGACCCCGGUUGAGUCCAAUACCGGCGAACCGCCUACAAAGACAGCCCAAGUGUGGUGUGUUAGCUAG